AUGACUAGUCUCUCUCCCGAUGGGCGCAGUCCCGCCACGUUAGACCUCGCCAUGGUUGCUCGAGAGCUCCGGGCGGCCCGGGACGAGCCUCCCUCCUCCUCUCGAAAUUUCCCGAAGGAGUGGUAUGGAAUAUUUGCACGCAAGAACGGCUUUACCAAACCACUGAGCAAACUACAACUACUAUCAUGGAUCACCUUCACCGUUGAUGUCGUUCUCGGUGCCAUUAUAGCAGUGCCAAUCCUACUGAGUGAAUCACGCUGGUUUGGCUGGCUGAUCUCAACGCUGUGGUUGAUCAGCACUAUAUUCCUCAUCGGUUCCACGUACACAGCGACUCACUGUGACCCCGGUCGUAAAUCAAGACCCCUCGAGAGUACCCGCUUCUGCCUGUUCUGCAAGCGUAAUGUGAGCGCUGAUGCUAAACACUGUCGACAGUGUAACAAAUGCAUAGACGAUUUCGAUCACCACUGUGAGUGGCUCAACAACUGCGUUGGUCGUGAGAACUACACCGCCUUCAUUUUUGCCGCUACCUCAGCCUUUGUCUUCACAACACUUCUAGUCGCAUUUUCCGGUCUGGAAAUCAGCCGAUAUAUUGGUGAUGGUUCGGAGGCUACCGUUUAUCGUUGGAAACGGGUUUACAAUAGAGCUGAUGAUGAAACAUUAGUUGGUCUGUCACUAACCCUUUUACUGGUGAACUUACCUCUAACAUUGUGUACAUUACAGCUACUAGCAUUUCACGCGUUCUUGGCUUACAAAGGACUGACUACGUACGAAUACAUCGUGUAUAAAUUAAACGGAGAAGAGGCGGAGCGAAGCAGACCUCCACAAGGAAGGAGAGUUUGGAAUCGAUUCAAGUCAUUGCCGACUAUCAUGGACUGGUUCGUAUUCAUUGGUCGGUCGAAGAGAUCUUCUGGUGAAGCUCGAGAUGGUUCACCUCCGUUACAAGUUGACAUUGAAAGUUUGAGUUCGAGAAGUGACAGAGUUACGGUAUGA